AUGAUUCCCAUCAACUUAGACAUAUCUCGAUUUUUUGUCCCGGUGGUGUUGGUAGCAAUAGCAUCCACGAUAUGUUGGGUGAGUGCGUCAGACGCAAUUUUGGUCACCAAUCUGAGGGAGCUCACAAAUGUGCAGGCACUUUUCAAGGUGCUUCAGGACCCUCUCCGUGCCAUCCCAGGCCCGUGGUAUGCGAGGUUUACGAGCAUGGUGCUCAAGUACAAAAUCUUGACUGGACAACGCAUGUUCUAUAUCCAUGACCUUCACAAGAAAUACGGCCCCCUAGUCAGAGUUGACUCAAACGAGGUCAGUGUCAACGACUUGGAUGGCUACCGAGAAAUCCACCGGAUCGGAAGCGGGUUUGUUAAGUCUGAGUGGUACGACUUGGCCACGCCUGGAAUUGAGCUCCACGCCUUCACGAUGACUCAAGUCCACGAGCAUGCAGCUCGUAGGAAGCUUUUGGCCCGUCCUUUCUCUAGAUCCUCACUCCUGGCGAAUUUUCAGGCCUUGGUGACAGAUCGCGCUCAGUUGGCAGUCUCCAAAAUGAAAUCUGAGGCUAUGAAGGGAGACUGCAAUAUAAUGAAAUGGUGGACUUUGAUGACUACGGAUGUUAUUGCACAAGUUGCUUUCGGUGAAGACUCUCGUCUCUUAGAGGCCGGUCAAAAAACUCAGUACAUCGACGACUUGGAGAGCAUCGUGAUGGCAUGGGCAUUUCGAGGCGAGGCACCUUUGCUGUACAGCCUGAUGCGAAUCGUAUACCCAAGUUUCAUUCGAGAGUGUGAUAGGUGCCUUCGAAACGUCGUGGAUUAUGGAACAACAGCUGCCUCUAGGGCGAGGAAGGGUGCCCUGCAGCGAUAUAACGUCAUUAGUGGGAUGAUUGAGGCGAGUCAAGCUGAAGGAACGAGUAUGACGGACUUCGACCUGGGAUCACAAGCCUCCGCAUUGAUCGUUGCGGGCUCAGGCACUACGGCAGUCACCCUAACUUACGCCGUCUGGGCCAUCCUCUCGCAUCCAACGGUAAAGAAAAGGCUCGAGGAGGAAGUCUGCGGUCUCCCCGACGACUACAAUGAUACAAUUUUAGAGAAACUCCCCUAUCUGAAGGCCGUUAUCACAGAGACCUUACGUCUCUACGGAUCGGCACCUGGUGCCUUACCUCGCACCACUCCCUCUAAAGGAAUCGAGAUCACGGGUAAGUAUAUCCCUCCGGGGGUAACUGUGACGACCCAGAGUUAUACUAUGCAUCGAGAUCCUUCGAUCUUCCCUGACCCCGAAAUCUUUGAUCCCGAGCGAUUUUAUAACAAAGAUCUUGCCGGGUCACAAAAGCACGCAUUUGGACCGUUUGGAGGAGGGACACGAGUGUGUCUAGGGAUCCAUCUAGCCGAAAUGGAGCUACGACAUGGCAUCACCGAGUUCUUUCGCGAAUGUCGCGAUUUUGAGCUCUCAGAACGUACGACCCCGGAGUCGAUGGAGAUGGAAAACUACUUCUUGAUCAGCCCGAAGAGCAAACGCUGUUUGGUCAAGAAGAAGACGGUCCCCCCAAAAGUCUCCUAA